UUCGGCAGUUGGGUUUUAUGAAUUUGUUAUUUAAUAGCCGUGAAAGGAAAUGUGCAAUUUAAUCAAUUAAAAACCCCAAAAUGCUGACUCUAAAAUAUACUAGGCCCUGGAGGGGGCUAUAUUUGAGCAACUGGCGCCGCAUGCUCACUCAAAGCUGCACGGGAAGUGAGAAUUUAGAGCUAACAAGCGAUGUAAAACACAGGAUUGAGGGACAUUGGCGGGAUCAGCUCAGCGGUGGCCAGUUCAACCCCAAGAAAGCCCAAGACAAGUACUACGUGCUAUCGAUGUUCCCGUAUCCCUCGGGUAAUCUCCACAUGGGGCAUGUCCGCGUCUACACUAUCGCCGAUUCUGUGGCCAGAUUUCAGCGGAUGUGCGGCAAGAACGUCUUCCAGCCAAUGGGUUGGGAUUCCUUCGGGCUGCCCGCAGAGAAUGCCGCCAAUCAGCGCGGUGUGGAGCCCGCAUCUUGGACGGAACAGAACAUUGCCCAAAUGAAGGAUCAGCUAAAACGGCUGGGUUGCUCCUUCGACUGGAACCACGAAUUGUCCACUUGCAGUCCGCAGUACUACAAGUGGACGCAGCACCUGUUUCUCAUGCUGCAUCGCCACGGGUUGGCUUAUCAGAACGAGGCUCUCGUUAACUGGGAUCCCGUGGACAAGACCGUGCUCGCUGACGAACAGGUGGACGCCAACGGAUGCUCUUGGCGCUCGGGCGCCAAGGUGGAGAAGAAGCUGCUGCGCCAGUGGUUCAUACGGACGAGUGCUUACGCCAAGCAGCUGCUGGAUGGCCUGGAAGAUCCCACAUUACGCGACUGGCGGGACAUAAUUAACUUGCAGCGGCACUGGAUUGGAGAGUGCGACGGUCACGCCUUCACCCUGCUCACCUCUGCCUCUGGACUGUUGCGAGUGUGGACCGCUAACCCAGAGUAUUUAAAGGAUCCCAAUGCGUUUCUUGUGCUCCGCAGCAAGCACCAUCUGUCGCAGCUGAAAGACGCGAGCAGCCUCAGCGUGGAGAACCCUUUUGCGGGCACUACAAUGCCAGUAGUCUUUGGCGACGAGGUAAACUUUCCGGCAAAGUGCGAUGUCUACCUGGCGGCGCCCAGUUUCCGCGACGAGGACAAGGAGCUGUGGGAAUCAUACGGACUGGCAUUCAGUUGCAACGGCGGUGAGGACGCCAGUCUUAAUCCGGGAAACUGGGAACUUCUAAGAAAGGAGGUGCUCCAGGCCGCCACGCGGCUCAAUGUGGGCGGUUAUCGAGUGUCCUCGAAGCUGCAGGAUUGGUUGAUCUCGCGACAGCGCUACUGGGGAACUCCUAUUCCUAUUAUUCACUGCAAUAAGUGCGGAGCAGUGCCGGUACCGGAGGAGCAGCUGCCAGUAACACUUCCGCCCAAGGAUUCACCGAAGGAAGCUUUCCUCUGCGAGUGCCCAAAGUGCGGUGAAAAAGGUGCAAGAAGAGAAACAGACACCAUGGACACGUUCGUGGACAGCUCCUGGUACUACCUGCGCUACUUUGACGCCCAGAACUCCGAGCGCAUCUUCGAUCCCCAGCUGGCCAAUCGCUUUAUGCCCGUGGACCUUUACAUCGGGGGCAAGGAGCAUGCCGUGUUGCAUCUGUACUAUGCUCGCUUCAUGAAUCACUUUCUGCACAACUGCGGCUUGUCGCCGACCAGCGAGCCCUUUUCGCGCCUGCUAGUUCAGGGCAUGGUCAUGGGACGCUCAUUCCGGGUGAAGGGCAGCGGACGCUAUGUACCCGAAUCGGACGUGGAGAUUGUUAACGCCAAGAAGAACCAGGCAGUGCUGAGGGAAAACAAGGAGCCCGUGGUCAUGGGCUGGGAGAAGAUGUCCAAGUCGAAGCUGAAUGGAGUGGAGCCUAGCGACAUGUUUAACGAAUACGGCACGGACACCACCCGACUGAUAAUCCUAGCCGAUGUGGCGCCCACCUCUCACCGCAAUUGGUCCAGUGCCACCUUUCCUGGCAUUCUGAACUGGCAGAAACGCCUCUGGCUGACCCUGCAGGACUUCCAGGCGGCUCGAGAGGACACCUCCGCACCGGAUGUUGAUACCAACAGCGAAGAAUUUCUAGCCGAUAAUGCCAAGCUCUUUGAUGCCCGCAACUUUUAUGUGAAGGGAGCAACCUUUAACUACCGCCAUGCACAUCAGCUCAGCGUGGCUAUAUCCAAGAUGCAGGGACUGACUAACUCUCUGAGGCGCACACCAAAGCACGUUUUGCGGCAUGGCCAGCAAUUUGAGCGAGCUUUCGCCGCACAGAUCAUAAUGCUUGCACCCAUGGCUCCCCAUUUCGCCUCGGAGCUGUGGUCCAAGUUUGUGGCCAUACCAGGCCGACUAAAUCCUGCCAGCCAGGAGCUGCAAUGGAGCGAGGAUGUGCUAGCCCAGCGAUGGCCGGACAUCGAUGCCGCUUACAAUUUAGAUCUCAGCAUCAAGGUGAACGGGUUUGAGAAUUGUGUGAUCAAAGUGCAGCGCACGCUGCUCGACAAGGUGACGCAUAGCGAUGCCUUGGACAUUGCCUUCAAUACGGAAUCGGUGACAUCUUACCUCAUCGACAAGAAAAUAAGGACCACCAACUUUGUGCUCUAUCCGGGCAUCGAGGCAAUCCUGAAUAUCUACGUGGACAAGGCACAGAAAACCCAGAAGCCGGCCACAACCGGCGACGAUGCGGAGGCACUGCCUCGGGCGUAGAAUUAUGUAAGUUUGAGUGGAUUGGUUUUUGGAAUUCUUAGACUAUUUGUGAACUUCAAGCUGGUCCUUGCCUAUAAGCUUUAACUGGCCAAAAACUAUAAGAAACUAACCUAAGAUUUAAUACUUGAAAGAGUUCCUAAGAUUGGUUAAAGAUUUGGUAUUUUCAGCUUUAAGCACAAACUAUUUUUUAACACAA